GCGGGCGGUCGCUGGAGCUCGACGCUCGGUUUGGAACGAACCACCUAGCCUAAGCGUGGGGAGUGUCUAGACACCAGGCGCCUCCUUCUGAGGGACGCCGGCAUCUAGAACGGAGGUUGAGGGUGAGGCGGAUGUGCGUCGCCAAGCAGCCUCUUCCCCCUCGAGCUCGCGAAUGGUCCGUGCCUGGAGUGCGCGCGCGGCUUGAAGCUCCCCGCGAGCGGGGCGCCCUGACAGAGCUGUGGGGCGCAGCUUCCCCUGCCUUGCUGCUCACCGGGUGCCAUGGACUCCGAGACCCGCCAACUGCGCGCCCUGGAGGCGGAGGUCGCGGCUCUGCAGCGGGAGUGCACCCUGUUGCCAGAGCCCUGGGAGAAGACGUCCGGAGCCGGGAAAUCAUUUCAAAAAUUUCCCCAGUCAAAUUCUGAGGGAUUGGAAUCCUUGAAAGACCUGAAAAGCCAGCUUGGACAUUUAAAAUCUGAACUUUCUUUUCUAAGUAAACUUACUGGCAUCAAUAUAAAAAAUUAUUCCAAGAUUGAGGACAUUACAAACACUGAAGUGACUGAAAUGGAUACAAAGAAAGUUCUACAGAGACACAGAUUAUCAGGAAAUUGUAACAUGGUUACAUUUCAACUGGAAUUUCAAGUUCUGCAAAUUGAGACUAGAGAGAAAUUAUCUUCUAUUAUAACUGACCUCAACAUAAUAAUGGAGCCCAUGGAGUAUUCAGAAUUAAGUGAGUUUGCAUCUAGAGCAGAAGAAAAAAGAGAUUUGCUCAUGUUUUUCCGAAGUCUACAUUUUUUUGUGGAGUGGUAUGAAUAUCGCAAGAACACAUUUAAGCAUUUUAAGGAGAAGUAUCCAGAUAGUGUGUACCUCUCAGAGGGCACCUGUUCCCACUGCAUGGAGAUCCACAGUGCCAGCCAGCCAGGGUUUGAACUGGUGAUUGUUUGGAAGAUACAAAUAGAUGAGGAAGGGAAGGUUUUUCCGAAGCUGGAUCUCCUCACCAAAGUUCCAGAGCAAGCCCUAGAGCUGGACAAGAAAAGAAUCAUAGAAGCUGCUCCUCUGAGUUUCCGAAGCCUACUAGAAGUACUUGGAAUUGAAGCUGCUCUUGACAGUCUGAUAAAAUUGCUUUGUGUAGAAAAUGACUAGUUCCCUGCUGGCAAGCAUAUAGGAAUAAGAUACUCAGCUGAGGAACAUGUGAUCUAUGUUAAGUAUGAACAUUUGCUCUUUUUCCAAUGAGAAACCACAUCCUUCAAACAUGCUUUUGUGUGCACUAGUUGUACAUUUCACAGAACUCUCAUGGCAUAGAAAUAAAGCUUUUCAGAUAUGUUAAAA